UGCAACACGCUUCCUCCAGUAGCCACCGGCGCCGGACUCCGUGUCAGGUGUCGCUAUGUUGUCCUUGCGGCGGGCGCUGCGCUCUGUCUGUUACCAUGUCGGCGGACGUACCGUCAGCACCGGCUGGGCCCCGGUGGGAGCCGCCUUCAAUGUCAAGCAGCACCGCAGGCUGGAUGUGCUCAGCAAGAAAACGGGUCUUUUUGGGGUUCCCGAAUUAAGCUCUCCGGAAGGAUUUCAGAGUGUUCAAGAUACUGCAUUAAAGACAACUGAGAGCCUGCUGGAAAAAGUGUGUUCUACUCCACCAGGGGCUGAGACUGUGAGGAUAUUUGAUCAGCUGUCUGAUGAACUUUGCAGAGUUGCAGAUCUGGCUGAUUUUGUGAGAGUAGCUCAUCCUGACUCUUCAUUCAGAGAAGCAGCUGAGGAAGCCUGCAGAACCAUUGGCACCAUGGUAGAGAAGUUAAAUACGAACAUCGAGCUAUGCCAAAGUUUGAAGAACCUUUUAGAAAAUAAAUCUGUAAUGGAUUCAUUAGAUCCGGAAACAAGACGGGUGGCUGAGCUGUUUUUAUUUGACUUUGAAAUAAGUGGAAUCCACUUGGAUGAGGAUAAGCGCCAAAAAGCAGUGAACCUAAAUGUAGCCAUUUCAGACUUAAGCAGUGACUUCCUAUUGGGUUCCAACAUCCCUAACAGAGUUGAAAGACACGUUCUACCUGAUCACAUCCGAUCGCAGUUUAUGUGGGAUGGGAAAUACAUACAAAUCAGUGGUCUACAUGCAGAUUCGCCAGAUGACCUGGUACGUGAAGCAGCCUACAAGAUUUUCCUUUAUCCCAGUGCAAGACAGUUAAAAUGCUUGGACGAAUUGCUUGCAAAUAGAAAUCUUUUAGCUCAGCUUGUUGGUUACCCAACCUUUGCACACAGAGCUUUAUUGGGGACCAUGGCUAAAACCCCAGAAAAUGUGAUGAUGUUCCUUGAAAAGUUAUCCAGUAAAUUGCGUGAACGUACAGUGAAAGACUUCGAAAUGAUGUCUGCAAUGAAGAUGAAGUUAAACCCUCUGAAUGCGAAUUUGAUGCCUUGGGAUCCCCCGUUUUAUGCUGGCAUUGUGCGUGCCGAGAAGUAUAAUAUAGAACCCAGCCUGUAUUCACCAUUCUUCUCUCUUGGUGCCUGCAUGGAGGGGUUAACCUUCCUUUUUAAUCAGCUUCUUGGCAUCACGCUGUAUUCUGAAGAACCGGAGAAAGGAGAGGUUUGGCAUGAAGACGUUCGCAAGCUGGCUGUAGUGCAUGAAAACGAAGGCUUGUUGGGAUAUAUUUAUUGUGACUUCUUCCAUAGAGCCGAGAAACCUCCUCAGGACUGUCACUUUACUAUACGUGGAGGCCGACUUAAAGAAAAUGGAGAAUAUCAACUUCCUGUUGUUGUUCUAAUGCUGAAUUUUCCUCCGUCAACAAAAGGUUCUCCUACGCUGCUAACUCCAGGCAUGAUGGAAAACCUGUUCCAUGAAAUGGGCCAUGCGAUGCAUUCCAUGCUGGGGCGGACACGCUAUCAGCAUGUCACGGGUACCCGAUGUUCUACGGAUUUUGCUGAAGUUCCAUCUAUCCUUAUGGAAUACUUUGCAAGUGACUACCGAGUAGUAAACCAAUUUGCACGGCAUUACCAGACUGGGCAGACUUUGUCAAAACCUAUGGUUUCCCGACUAUGUGAAUCUAAAAAGGUUGCAGCAGCAUCCGACCUGCAGCUUCAGGUUUUUUACUCCAUUUUGGAUCAGAUCUACCACGGAAAACAUCCACUCAAAGGUUCAACAACAGAUAUUUUAAAGGAAACCCAGGAAGAGUUUUAUGGCUUACCAUAUGUACCGCAAACAGCUUGGCACUUGCGAUUUAGCCAUCUUGCAGGAUAUGGUGCCAAAUAUUACUCUUAUCUGAUGUCAAGAGCAGUUGCCUCCAUGGUAUGGAAGCAAUGCUUCAUGAAAAAUCCAUUCGACAGGGCGAUGGGAGAGCGUUAUCGCCAGGAGAUGCUGGCACAUGGUGGUGGAAAAGAGCCCCUGCUCAUGGUUCAAGGCAUGCUUCAGAAGUGCCCCUCGGUGGACGAUUUUGUGGACGCACUUGUUUCAGAUUUGGAUCCGGAUUUUGAAACAUUCCUGAUGGACUCUGAGUAGCUGGAUCAAUCCGUACAGAAUUAAUUACUUUUGGCACAAACACUUGACAACCUGUACUUUAAUUUGUGCCUUAGUUUAAAAAUAAAUAAAUAAAAAAAAGUAUUAAAACCUGUUCAAAUGUUUUUAAAAUCUAUAUUUUCCUAGUGUUUGGAUAUGCCACAGAUACGUAUCCAGCAUCCUUAAACUUAAUUUGAAAAAUAAACAUUUAUUCAUACUGUCUUAGUCCUGAGGAUUGUUAGCACUUUAAUUGAGUGGAUGUGUAUUUGUGUUUUUUUGUUUGUUUUUUAGCAUUUUUCCUUACCUGGA